AUGGAAUUAUUACCAGAAGGGAAAAGAAAUAAUGUUCAGGUCACUUUAGAAGAUCAAAAAAAGAUUAAUGAAUUUUCAAAAUUGAUAUUAAGAAAGGACUCUUUGGAAUUGGAAUUAUCGAAAGAAAAACAGGAAAAAGAAUAUUUGGAUGAUGUUUCAAUGGAACUGGAAUUGAUUGCUGAGGAUGAAAAAGUUCAAUAUAAAUUCGGUGAGGUUUUUGUGUAUUUAAAACAAAGUAAAGUGUUAGAACAGAUUGAAAAAGAUACUGAGGUAAUUGAUGAUAAAAUAAAUCUAUUAGAAAAUACUUUAAGUACUAUUGAUUCAAGACUUAAAGAUUUAAAGACUCAACUAUAUGCUAAAUUUGGUGAUAAUAUUAAUUUGGAACGUUAA